AGUGCAUUGAGUUGCGUGGCCUUCUUUGUUCUUUCUUUGUCGCCCUUUAGACAUGGCGAUUACUGAUACAAUACGUUUCUCCCUGAACCAAAGCUUCAAUUCAUGGAGACUCUUCUAUUGUUUGGCGUUCAUUCUGUUAUCAAGUACUCUUGUUUGUGCAGAAAGGACAAGGAGCGAUUUGUAUGCAGAAAUAUUGAAGUCUGAGGCUGUGGCGAGACUCUAUGAACUUGGAAAGGUUAGUGAUGCUGACGACUAUCUUGAGAGGACAUUCUUGAGCCCUGCUUCUGUGAGGGCAGGAAAUCUUAUUCGGGUGUGGAUGGAGGAUGCCGGUUUGAGAACGUGGGUGGAUUAUAUGGGUAAUGUACAUGGUCGAGUUGAGGGGAUGAAUAAAACUGCUGAGGCUCUGCUAAUUGGUUCCCAUUUGGACACUGUUGUUGAUGCUGGGAUAUAUGAUGGAUCAUUAGGUAUAAUCUCUUCAAUAUCUGCAUUAAAGUUCUUGAAAAGAAAUGGACAGUUUGGAAAACUAAAACGGCCAGUUGAGGUGAUUGCUUUUAGUGAUGAGGAAGGAGUUAGAUUUCAGUCUACUUUCUUAGGCAGUGCUGCUAUAGCGGGGAUUUUGCCAGUUUCGGCAUUGAAUAUAUCUGAUAAAAGGGGUUUAACACUGCAAGAUGUUCUAAGGAAGAACGCCAUCCAAAUUACGGAAGAGAAGUUACUAGAGCUCAAAUAUGAACCAUCGUCUGUUUGGGGGUACAUAGAGGUUCACAUUGAACAAGGACCUGUCUUGGAGUGGGUUGGUUAUCCCCUGGGUGUGGUUAAAGGCAUAGCUGGACAGAGUCGACUUAAGGUCACAGUGAGAGGUUCACAGGGGCAUGCUGGAACAGUACCAAUGUCCUUGCGUCAGGAUCCAAUGGUUGCUGCUGCUGAAUUAAUUGUAUUGUUGGAGAGUCUCUGCAAACAUCCUAAGGAAUUUCUGUCUUAUGAUCAUCAUUGCAAUGAUAUCGUAGUGGAAUCACUUUCCAAAUCACUUGUUUGCACUGUCGGGGAGAUAUCGACAUGGCCAAGUGCUAGUAAUGUCAUUCCGGGCCAGGUAACAUUUACUGUUGACAUACGUGCAAUGGAAGACAUUGGACGUGAGGCUAUUAUUUACGAACUAUCAAAUCAAAUGUAUCAAAUUUGCGAGAAGCGCUCUGUAUCUUGCAUUAUUGAGCGUAAGCAUGAUGCAGGUGCAGUAAAUUGUGAUUCCGAAUUAAUAUCACGUCUGAAGGACUCGGCCAAUGCUGCACUAAAGAUAUUGACCAGGGAAACACAAGAUGAGGUUCCCAUAUUAAUGAGUGGAGCAGGGCAUGAUGCAAUGGCCAUUUCUCAUCUCACUAAGGCUGGAAUGCUAUUUGUCCGCUGCCGUGGAGGGGUAAGCCAUUCCCCUGCAGAACAUGUAUUGGAUGAUGAUAUUUUCGCUGCUGGUCUUGCAAUUGUGAAAUUUCUAGAGUUCCAAAUGUAAAUCAGACGAUUUAAUUUACAUUGAUGUACUGUAAAUAAUAUCCUGAUAAAAUAAGACCCACAAUGUUGGCGAUGGUCAAUUGUACAAACUUCUUUUGCUGUCCCUAUGCCUAAUCUGAUUGCAAACUUGAUCUCAA